AUGCUUCGCUCGGCCAUCGCUCGCACUGUCGCCCCUGCUCGCUCUGCCGCUUUCGCGACCCGCCGCACGUACGUCAACCUCGCCCCGAUCUCGACCUCGCACGCAACGUCCUCCGGUUCUCGCGCGGCUGGCCAUGUCAAGACGGACCAGGGAGCCGAGUUCAAGAUGGACUUGCAGAAGGAGUUGGGCGGCGCCGGCAAGCAGCUGAACCCCGAGGUCCUCCUCGCUGCCGGCUACGGUACUUGCUUCCUUUCUGCGCUGGCCGCCACGCACGGUAACUUGCACAAGGACGCCAAGCCGCUCCCCAAGUCGGCAAAGGUCGAUACCGAGGUCACCAUUGGCAAGGACGCCGACGAGAAGACUCCGGGCUUCUUCCUCGCCGUCAACCUCAAGGUCCACUCGGCGCCCCUCAAGGAGGUCGGCUUGUCGGACGAACAGAUUCACAAGCUCGUCGAAGAGGCGCAUGAGCUCUGCCCGUACUCGAGGGCGUUCAAGGGUAAUGUCGAUGUCAAGCUGAGCGUUGAAUGCUCUGUCCUGAGAAUGCGACAAGUUCCAGUCGGUGACGAAGGAUAUUGUCAUGCGUCCGGCGGGGACGCUCCCGAAGCUACCGACACCGCUUAA